AAGGAAACUACGAGUAAGACAAAGAACAAAGAGAGCAGGAGAGAGAGACAUUGGCAGAAGUGCAGACAAGUUCGGGUCGUCAUCAUCAACACAAACUCAUGGUCUCGUCGUUUUGAUUUUUCCCUCUGGGACGGUUUUUUUUUUCGUCCGUGUUUAGCAUGAUUUCCUGGCCGCUGCCUUGCCAAAGGGUACAGUCGCAGUUUGAAGUUUGAAGGAAUUGUUCGUGCUUGACGAUCGGUUCACAUCUUCUGCAGCCGAAAAAUCAGUCUAGUCCGUCAUCGCGCAAAAUGGACGCUGGUAGUGAAAACGCUACCUCUCCUGCAGCCGCACCUGAGCUGCAAGCCGAGCAGCCAGAAGAUAAUCCAGCCCAGAUGUCGGGGGAAGAAAAGAAGCUGGAGCAGGAGGACAACGAGCACGAAGAUUGCUCUGACGAUCCGGACGACGAUCAUUCGUGCAUCGACGAGGAUAUGGAUGACGCCGGAGACGAUUCGUUAGAAGGCGACUCAGAAGAGGACAAUGGCGAGUACAGUGACGAUUCCGACGACGAGGUGGAAGAAAUUUCCGACGAUGACGACGAGGACUUUUACGACUCGGACGAGCGAGAGUACAACGACAAGAAGUGCGAAAACCUCGGAAAAAUGUUGCAAGAAGCGGAGAAGAAAAAAGUUCCAAAGGUCGAAGCUUUUAACUUUGCAAUCCCGGCGCCGCCACAGGUGCGAAUCGUUGAGACAGGUACGACAGUGACGAUUCACGCUCCGAAACAGCCCGAUUCGCUGUCGGGGUUCGCGCCGCCGAAGCGGACUGCAAAGAAGAACGAAAACGCCCCACCCGUCAAGCAAUGCGAGCAUCUUCUCGAUAUGUUCAGGCCGCCACGAAAAUCGAAGCAGAUCCUCCUGCGGCAGCAGCAAGAGGAAGAGCUGGACGAAAUGGCCGAAGAGAGGGCGAGGAACGACGCUCCAAAAAUUGCGAAGCGCAGCGCAAUGGUGGCUGAACAAAGUGCAAGACUAGCGCCGUUGGUUGGCGCGAUGUCCUGCUCCGCGCCGCAGACUGAGGAGGCUUCGAAGUUCGCCAUGGACCCCGAGGAUGUCCUCACCCUGGAGGGCGACAAAUUCGAGGUUACGAUUGACGCCGCGGCGACCUCGAGCGCGAGGUCGAGCCGCGCUGGACCAGAAUCCCUGACCACCAUGCUAGAGAAAAUUCUUUUCAAGACCCCGCAGCUGCGCGAUCCGCUCGGUCUGACAUCCUUCGGCGGAAUGGAGUUGAAGCAGCACAGCAUUGAGCUGUAUCAGCACCACGGACAUCGACGGGCUUGCCGGAUCACCGAGGUGCCAGUAUUGAGUUCUCGUGAGCGAGCGGCGUUGGCAGGAACUGUGAAAGUGUUACUACCCGCCUAUUUCGAGGGCGGUGCCACCACCUUUGACGCGGCGACGGAAGGAUUCCGCAGCCCCUUUGUCGCCGGCUUUGACGGGACGCAUGGCAAGCAGGUCGAAACUCCCGCCUACCUGUUCGGAAGCAAAGAAGCCGGUUGCGCGCGAAGCGACCGCGAGCUGCGCUGCGUCGCAUGUGCCGGCGUUGAUGACGUGACUUUUGAUGUGGAGGAAGUGACGCAGGGCGCGCGCGUGACUGUUACCUACCUGAUUCUGCGGUCGAUAGACCUGUUGCAAACAACUGAACCAUCGGAAAGCCUUUUUUCCAAGAAAGAAAGCGCUGACGUCGCGCUCGAAAGGAAGCUGACCGCGGAACUGCGGCGAUUGGUAGCAGAUCCAUCUUUUUUGACACAGGGCGGUACGGUCGGAUUUCCCACAUGGUCAAUUUACAGCAACGACGAAAUUUUUCCCGAAGAGGGGCAAACCGCGCGCAAAAGCCUCACGCAGAAGCAGUUGCAGCACCUCCGAGAUAAAGACAGCGUCCUAGCCCGCGCAGUUGCGGCUGCGGGUGGCGGCCUGGAGAUGUUCUUUCAGCCUAUCCUGGUUCAUGAGCAUUGCGAUUGCGGUGGCGCCUACCGGCUGUUGAAGAUUCCGAAGUGGGGUGCGUUAGCCGCGCGUCUGCCGGAACUGAUGGACGACGACGACAUUAGAGCCCAUUUUUCCGCAUACUUCGGAGCCGACGACGGUAUAACACAGCAGGCAGUCAACUUCUGGGCAUUGGAGUGGUACGACUAUGCCAACAUGUCGCAGAAGUACGUCGGGUCCACUCUUCUGUGCGGAGAGUUUCGACCCACCCCGAUCAAUCUGUGGUCGAAGUCCUUCCUAAAAGUGCGCUUCCCAGCUCCCGAGCAGCGCGCGCUGAUUGCAACUCCCACCAAUUGCCCGACGCCAGCGAGGCAGACCAUGGCUGCGCCGCAGGACGAGUGCAUGGAGGGCGUCGAAACUGCCUCGAAAAAGGACUGGAAGAAGCGAUCCAUAGAGAGAAACGCGCGGCUCUUCGAUCUGCUGAUACGGGGUGUCGUGCUCACGCUUACUCCAGAUGGUGAGGAGAAACUCCAACGAAAUCUGCAGGCGGAACUGGAAAGACUUGUGGCAGAUCCGGAAUAUCUCACGCCCGGCGGAUUUUUGGUGUUCCCGUGUGUCGGCGACAACAGCGACAUUUUCCGCUGCAAGGAGCAACCACGAGCCAAGCUCGAAAGUCUUCGCAUGAAGGCGAACGCCGUGGCCUUUCUGGACAAGGUGGGAAUCAAAUACGCACCUAAUCGUGAGGAUAACACCAUGAUGGGAUCCUCGUCUUCAUCGAGCUCAUCCUCAUCCUCCUCUUCUGCGGAAACUGAAACCAGGGACAACACAGCCGGGGAGGCGGCCAGAACAGCAAGAGACUUUCUGCUCGCGGAAGAAAUCGCGAAGUUGAAAGGCUUAGAUUCCCGUGUGGCGCAAGCAGCAGAUGCGGCAGGUAUCACUGAUAUUGCUUUCCUUUCCUCGAUGUGUGUUGACGUUGACAUCGACAUGAAGUUGAUGCAUGAUCCACCCGGAUAAGGUUCCUUGCGUUGUAAGUACUUGAGCAAUUAUAAAGAAUAACAAAAAAAAUUCUGCAGGUUUGAAGGUUUUUCUUCUCAUUACGGAGAAUCACGAAACCGACCGCGACCGCAGAAAUUCUAACUUUCCGUUUCGCGACUCCUUGCUAGCUUCGUUUCCGCCCAAACUGCCAGCGAAAAUGAAACGCCAACAGUUUCUUGACCGCACCAUGGACUACACUAGGUUGCUGCGAAUCACGAAUCUUGACGACCCGGCUGAGCUCAAAAAAACCACAGGAGAGAAGUACUACACGAUUGGUCAAGCGAGGGUGCCGCAGAAGGUAACACGGGAAGUAGUGCAGUUCAGCGACUUCAAGGGUAAGGAGAUGACAACAGAACAGAAGGACAAAUUAGCGCAAAAGCUGAAUCCCGUAUUCCGCAUACUCUCCGGUUUAGGCGGAGGCGAUUCUUCAGAUGAGGAGAUCGAGUCGGAAGACGACGAUGUUGGCGAAAUGACCUACACAACCGCGCUGAAAGUGGUCGUCCCGCCGGCGGCGGAGCGGAUCAAAAAGCAGGAGGAAACUACAAUCAAGCAGGAUAGCGCAAGCACAACUUGUUCUAAGAAGUCGGAACCAGCCGAUUUGAAAGAGAAGAAAGAAGAAAAAAUUUCACCGCCCACCAAGCGGCGAAAAUCCGAAGACUUUAUCACUGAAUGAUCAGACUGAUCAGAGACAGAGAGGAUCAGUUAUUGAUUGUCAGUGUAAAUAGUAAUAGGCACAGAUACGCUGCUUUUGAAAAUGUAAAUGAAAUACAAUCAGAGCAAUACAACUGGAAUUCACUGCUUUUGCUUUUUCAAUGAAUACCAAUGCCUCCAAUUAAUAUGCUUAUGCGCGACGACAAGCGAAUCCGAAUGUGAAGAAGGAAACGUCUAAAUGUAUUAUAUUCAGAAAUUAUCGAAGAGAGAAAAAUGUAAAUGUCCCGCGGUCAAGGUGAACGUGAAGAUUUCAGAGUAAGACAGGAGUGGGAAUCAAAGAGUAGCAGACCUCUUUUCAGCAUCAUGCUGGAUCCAGAUGCUUGUACUUCAAUUUUCCGAGCUUGUGAAUUAAAAAAUGGAAUAGUCGUGUCGCAGAUUUGCAU